AUGUCGCCGUGGUCUGAGACAAGAUCCUGCCUCUGUGGCUUCCUCCUUGUGCUCGCUGAGAUCACAUGGAUUGCUACCCUGCCUUUCUGUGGCUCCAUCCAGAUCCGGCAGAUCUUCUGUGACUUCACACCUGUGCUGAGCUCGGCCUGCACAGACACAUCGCUGGUGGUCACUGUGGACGCCAUCCAUGCAGCGGAGGUCCUGGCCUCCUUCCUGGCCAUCGCCCUGUCCUACGUGCGGAUCAUCUUGGUGAUUCCGGGGGAUGCCGUCGGCAAUGCCCCAGCCCGUUUGCAUCGAGGCCCCUGCCAUGUUUGUGUCGCCAAAGCAGUUACUGCCGCUCGGCUCAGGCUGGCUUCCUCCUCGCCCCCCAGCUGGGCUCCUGUUCUGGUCCCCUGCGGCCCCACGUCCCACACGCAGGUGAGGCCAGACAGCAGGACGGAAGGGGCGUGA